CGCUGUUGCAGACGUUCCAACGUUCCAUUCUGCUGGACUGACGAACAUUGAGUGACAUUCAUUAGCUCACUCAAGCAACGUGCGCGACUGUAAACAAGAAAGCGGAGCAAAGAGGGUGAAGAUGAACCUGCAAAGCCACCGACUUACAUGAAUGAUAAAAAGAUGUGCCAGGCUGUCUAAGGGUCUCUAGAGAUGGCACACAAAUGUGAAGAGGAAGUCCCAGAAGAGAAGAAUUUCACUUUAGACAAGGCUCUCCUUAUAAUGUGUACUACAGAGAGAAGUUUUCACAUUAAGAAAGAAGACUGCGAAUGGGAAUCUAUACACUUUCAACACGAGAAUCCUGGCAUUAAGAAGGAAGUGGAUUGUGAAAAAGGGAUUAUAGACAUUAAGCAAGACUUUGAGCAGACAUCUGGCUUGCAGAAUUAUGAAAUUUCAAGCAGUUCAGAGGAAGACCCCAUUAAAGCAGAGUCUGCUCCUCUGAGUAUUUUACCAGCUGUGGAGGUAACUGAAUCAGCUCAGACUUGGAGCAGACAUUACAAUGAGCAUUCUCUUGGCGUGAGCCCCGAAUCCCUGGAUUCAGCAUCUUUAAGUUGUUCUGGAAAAAACUCCCAAGAGGAUGGCAGCUGCCCUGUGUCUUCACCUAAUGAGACGUCACAUCCGAACAGAGUUGCAGGUAAACUAAAUCAGAACGGAGCUAAGAUGCGUGGUGUUAGAGAAUGUGGCAAGAAUUCCUGGCGUAAAAUUUGUCUUCUGGCACAAGUCAGAAGCCAUAAUGGAGAAAAGCUUUUUUCCUGCACAGAGUGUGGUAAGCAAUUUACACGAAGCAAUUCUCUUCUAGAGCACAAGAGAGUUCAUACUGGAGAGAAGCCAUAUUGCUGUAUGGAGUGUGGCAGACAGUUUACUCGAAAGAAUUGUUUUUAUGCACAUAAAAAAGUUCAUAAUGGGUUGAAGCCAUUUUGCUGUACGGUAUGUGGCAAGCAAUUUGCACGGAAAAGUUCUCUUCGAAUACACAUUAAAGCUCAUUCUGGGGAAAAACCCUAUUCCUGUACUGAAUGCAACAAGACGUUUACCCUCCUAACUGGUCUUCAGAGGCACAAACGGACACACAAGUUGUCAUAUUGCUGUACGAUAUGUGGACAGCAAUUCAGCAAUGCAGCUGCUCUUCAGGAACAUGACAGAACUCAUACUAGAGAGAAGCCCCAUUCGUGCCAAGAAUGUGGCAAGAAUUUCAUGUGGAAAAGUUACCUUCGUAGGCACAAGCAAAUGCACAGUGGAGAGAAGCCCUAUUCCUGUACAGAAUGUGACAAGAAGUUCAGUCAGGCAAGCAGCCUGAAGAGGCACAAGAGACUUCACACUGGGGAACGGCCAUAUCACUGCGCAGAGUGUGGCAAACAGUUCACCUAUUCAAGUGCUCUCCAAGAGCAUGAGAAGAGUCACACUGGAGAAAAGCCGCACUGCUGUGCAAAAUGUGGUAAGCAGUUCUCAAGUUUAGACGCUCUUCAGGAACACGAGAAAAUUCACCCUGGUGAGAAACUCUAUUGCUGUCAAGAAUGUGGCAAACAAUUCAUGUGGAAAAGUCACUUUGACAUACACAAGAGAAUUCACACUGGAGAGAAGCCAUAUGAUUGUGACUCCUGUGGCAAGAAAUUCGCACAUCUGGGUACUUUUCUGAAGCACAAGAAAAUCCACACAGGUGAGAAGCAAUAUUUCUGUAAACAGUGUGGCAAGUGCUUUACCCUAAAAAAUUCUCUUCAAGCCCAUGAGAGAAUCCACACUGGGGAGAAGCCAUAUUGCUGCAAUGAAUGUGGCAAGCGAUUUCGGGCGUUUGGUACUUGGACGAGACACCAGAUCGUUCAUACUCAUGAGAGGCCAUAUUGCUGCAUUGAAUGUGGGAAGCGAUUUAGGGCGAUUGUUACUUGGAAGAGACACCAGAUUCUUCAUAGUGGCUAGAGGCCAUACUGCUGCAAUGAAUGUGGCAAACGAUUUAUGGCAAUUGGGGACACAAAUGUUCAUAUCACAGUACAGAAUGUGGCAAGAGAUUUGUACAAGUAAAUCUUCAAAGUCAUAGAAAAAUUCACAGUAAACAGAAAACCAACCGAACAGAAAUGGAGACUGCUACUCUUUGAGAAACCAUAUUACUCUAAAGAAAUGAUCCUUAAUCUUUUUUUGAGUCACGGACCCCUUUAAGAAUGUGAUGAAAGCUAUAGACCUCCUUCCCCAGAAAUAUUCACAUAAACACAACUUUGCAUGCAAUGAAUACAAUGUACUUUGUUCAUCGCGAUUUGAUUGUAUUAUACAUAUAUGACAUAUACAAAGUAUUAUUUAACUUUAAAGUACACAAUCUAAAAAAAAACAAACUCCUUUUUUAUGCAAAAAGUCACAGCCACUCAUUAUAAAUAUGAAAUACACUCCUCUUCUGCAAAUGAAAACAGACCUGCUACUACUACGUUUUCUACUACCACUACAUCUACUCUAAAUCAACAGUACCGGACUGUAUAGUGAACAAAUGUUCAUUCUUAUCUGACUCUCACGGACCCUGUGAAACCCAUGCAUGGACCACUUAAGGGUCCAUGGAACCUCAGGUUAAGAAGCCCUGCUCUAAAGAAAGUGGUAAAUGGCUUACAAAAAUGUCUCCUCAGUGGCACAAGCCAAAGAUUACAGUGUAAACUCACCUUUCAGGAAAGGCCGGCGAUUCUUGCAGGAAGACUCUUUAUCAGCAGUGGUGUUUGGAUGGCAGGGAUUCUAUUAAGCACCGGGCUCCACAAAUGAGAUCUAAGCCAGCUCAUCAUCUGGAACAUUCUCAAGUAAUAACUCGACUCCCCUAGUAGACAGCCUAAAGCUGCAAAGCACAAAUAAGGGGGACAUACACUGGAACUGCCAUUGUGCAGAAGACUCUAAAAAGCUUGUGAAAACGUCAUGAGUAGAGGAGACUGAUGUCGUGUAUGCCAGCACUACAAUUUUAAAAAGUGUCAUUUUUAUCAACUGAAAUGAUGUUGUAAUUAUGAGCCAAGGACUGAUUUUAUGGUACAGAUAAUACACCCUAUAGGAAACAUGAUGUGAGCAAACUUGUGUGGCUAAUGUGGGAGAAAGCAUGCUUGAGGUGGUGGAAAGGUGAUGUUUCAGAGCAGAGUUAUAUUAAAGGACCACUCCACCCAAAACUGAUAUAUAUUUUUUAUGUUACCGCAUGUAGUUUGGAAUGAUGGCCAAGGAAAAAAUGUUAAUUUCGUGAUUUUAUACAGAAUGGGGUUAAAAAUAAUAGUUGCUGAUAGAAUAGGUAUCUUUGAUGAACAAAACUGGCCAACAUCAAAAAUACCCAUAAAAGAAAUUUUACAUUAUUCAUGUCACAUAAUCCACAUAAUAUACUCACAACAUCCCAAACAGAUUCAUUUUUACUUAAAUAUUAGGGUGUUUUACCAUGUUAGCCAUUAUGGAUGUAGUGAGAAGUCAAGCCAACUGACCCCUUUUAUUGGCUAACUAAAACGAUGACAAUAUGCAAGCUUUUGAGGCAACUCAGGGGCCUUCUUCAGGCAAGAUGUAAUCCAGAGACUGGUGUUCCCUGUGUUUAUAUACACACCAGGACAGAUACAGCAUUGGUAAACCUUUUUCCCUUUUUGCAUUUUUAAGAAGAAUGUCGCUGUCCAUGUGUGCCAGUUUCUUCCACCGGGUCUUCAGUUCCAUGUAGUAGCAGUACAUUUCGGUGUCUUGUAUGUCUGUAGUACUAGAGUGUCAUACCAUGUUAGCCAUUGUUAAUGUAGUGAGAAGUCAAACAAAAUGGCCCCAUUUAUUG